CAUCUGGAAGGGGAAUUUAGGGGUGAUGAGAGCUCAGACAAAGUUUAGUAGUAUGUUUAACUAUUGAUGUAGAAAAUUUGUAAUUUACAAUGGAUAUGACCCUUUCAGAGGCGUUAUAUGCCUACGAAGUCCUGGUGAAACAGGGGAAGUAUUUCAUAUCCGAAGCGUCAACCAAAGACAAAACUGAUGAGGAUAAGAAAAUUUUGAAGAACAUCGGCUGUAAAUAUUAUUAUUAUUAUUUGUUUCAUUAUUUCAAAAAUUUACGCCAGCCUCGCCAAAAUAUCACCAAACCGCAACCUACCAGUAAUAAAUCAGUAGAUAAGGAGAAAAAGGUUCGCAGACUAGUAUCAACGUACAACCAGUACCACUCAAUUUUAAUGCAGUCAGUAUAUUUGGACAAGUUUUAUGACGUGAUUCCUAGAAAUUCGGCUCUCGCCCCUAUUAAGCUAUUUUUGUAUCCUAGCCCUGUUUUCUCUAAGAAUGUACAACCGAUCCCAUUCGCAUUCAUGUGGAACAUGUUUGACAGUGAUAAAUCUGUAGAAAUUUUCACCCGAAUAAUUUCUAAAGAGCAUGGAGUUCCGUACGACAAAGGCUUGUCCAUUGAGUUUGAGAAGCAAAUAAUCGAGGCUUCAAUCAUAGAGUGUGACUUCGCUCUCCUGGUGGAAAUGCUCGCUGAAAGAAAUAAAAUAUCCCAUACCUUUCACUCACGCUUUAAUAUUGUUGUGACGGUUGAUGUCCAAAUUGACGCCAACAAAAAUCUAAACUUGGGCCCAAUCAGCUGGAAUAUGCUAAACUCAGAUUGGGAAGUAAAUGAGCUAAUCAACAACGUAGUGGCCGAUAUGGGCAUUAACAGAGAAUAUUUCCAGCUCGUUUUGUACUCUUUUAAAACUGAAAUUAUAAACAAAAAAAAAGAUAUGAUAUAUAGGUAUUCGAAUCGCCUAUUUAGGUAUUCGAGAAAGCAUAACUUGAGGAUUCCGUUCAUUUGUAAAAGAGGGUCAUCGACCCUUUACGAGGACAAACCGUUCUUACUCUCACAAACCAUAAAUUUCCCCUCGAAAAUUAGGCACCUCUUUCAAUCCUCUUAUAAAGAAAGACUACAAAUUUGUUCUAAACCGUAUAUUUAACAUGGUUCUGAUAUAUUUUUCAAAGGACAUAAUUUUUCUAAAUUUAUCAAAAUUCCAAACUCACUCGAAAUUUUUUAUUAAUGGCUUCUUAAUUUUAAUAAUAAACAUAACCCAUUAUCAAUUUUUGUAUAUGUGUGUUUCAUCAUAGAGAUUCCUUACACCCUACUCUUUUUAAUACUGAUAUUAUCGUCA